AUGGCACUCCUGGGUGUUGUGGAAAAGAUACAGAAGAUAUACAAGGACUGGAGGUGGACUGUAAAGCUGUCAGUGGCAGUAACAGAGAAGAAUUUUGAAACAAAGGAUUUUCGAGCCUCUCUAGAGAAUGGUGUUCUGUUGUGUGAUUUGAUUAAUAAGCUGAAACCUGGGGUCAUUAAGAAGAUCAACAGACUGUCCACACCUAUAGCAGGCUUGGAUAAUAUAAACGUUUUUUUGAAAGCUUGUGAACAGAUUGGAUUGAAAGAAGCCCAGCUUUUCCAUCCUGGGGAUCUACAGGAUUUAUCAAAUCGAGUCACUGUCAAGCAAGAAGAGACUGAUAGGAGAGUGAAAAAUGUUUUGAUAACUUUGUACUGGCUGGGGAGAAAAGCACAAAGUAACCCCUACUAUAAUGGUCCCUGUCUUAAUUUGAAAGCGUUUGAGAAUCUUUUAGGACAAGCUCUGACUAAGUAUUAUGGUGACACCAACAGUGGUCCCAGCUUCUUCAUCUGCUUGGAGAUAGAGUACAAGGCACUUGAAGAGUCCAGCUGCCUGAAGAGGAGUGGCAGGGACAGUGGUUACAGCGACAUCUGGGGCCCUGAGCGCGGGGAGCUUCUGGCUUCUCCAGACAACUGUAAGAGGGAGGACUCGUUUGAGAGCUUGGACUCUUUGGGAUCAAGGUCAUUCACAAGCUGCUCCUCUGAUAUCACGUUGAGGGGGGCACGUGAAGGUUGUGAAAGUGACACAGAUUCUGAAUUUACAUUCAAAAUGCAGGACCAUAAUAAAGAUGAUAUGUCCUAUAGAAGGAUUUCGGCUAUUGAACCCAAGUCUGCCUUACCCUUCAAUCGCUUUUUACCCAGCAAGAGUAGACAGCCAUCGUACGUGCCGGCACCUUUGAGGAAGAAAAAGCUGGACAAAAAUGAGGAUAACAGACGAAGCUGGGCAAGUGCCGUCUACACAGAAGCAGAUGGAACAUUUCCAAGAGCAGAGCGUGAUUUUUCGAAUCCAGCUUCCUAUCCGAAGGAGGUGUAUGGUUCUGAAAGUGGAUCGGACUCGGAGGAGGAACGGAGGCUGCCGGAUGUAGUUUGGGAUGACUUAGCCAACCGUAGAUUCCAAGUGAAAAGGAGGCCUGAGAGUUUCAUCUCUCCUAAAUCUUGUUCACCCAUCUUUUCUCCUCCUGACCCAUUAACCACUGGGCUGUACAAACUGACGAGUAACGAGAGGAGAACUUGGGGCACGAACGUGGAGAACUGGCCAACAGUACAAGAAACUUCAGACUCCUCUUGUUAUUUGGAAGAGAACGAAAACAAGACAAGCGUUCCCAACACUGUAAAGGAUGAUCUUUACGUGCGAAAGCUAAGCCCAGUCAUGCCAAGCCCAGGGAAUGCUUUUGAUCAGUUUCUCCCCAAAUGCUGGAUCCCAGAGGAUGUGAACUGGAAACGUAUAAAAAGGGAAACUUACAAACCGUGGUAUAAAGAAUUUCAGGGAUUCAGAAGGAAUUCAGACUCUGACGAUGAGGACUCAGGCUCUGACAGAAGCUCCACCAUUUUUAGUAGAAUACAAAAAGCAGAUCAUAGGCUAGACAGCAACUGUCAAAGACCUUCACCCUUGCUGGAACUGGCUACCAAACGGGCCAGAAACUCCUGGGACCCCCAGGCAGCCAGGAGAACCCGUGGUGUUUCAGAUGAGCCCAGUCAGUUUUUAUUACUUCAGGCCCUCCAGACAUAUUCUGAUGACAUCUUGUCUUCUGAAACAAAUACCAAAAUCGACCCCACGGCUGGCCCCCGGCUCAUAACACGCAGAAGGAACCUCUCUUACGCACCAGGGUGUGGACCGGGAGAUGCCCUGGAGAUGCCAGUCCUGGAUCCCGACUUAGAGAAUGAUGACUUCUUUGUCAGAAAGACUAGGGCUUUCCAUGCAAACCCAUGUAUUCUCCGGGCUUUCGAAGACUUAAGAAGUCUGUCUGGGCAAGACGAUCCUGUAGAGCGAGAUAUAAUCUUGCAGUGUAGGGAAGGGGAACUUGUCCUUCCGGACCUCGAAAAAGAUGAUAUGAUUGUUCGCCGCAUUCCAGCACAGAAGACAGAGGUGCCUCUGUCAGGAGGCCCUGAUAGAUACCAGCCAGUCCCAUUGCCCGAACCCUGGAUGCUUCCUCCAGAAAUUCAAGCAAAAUUUCUCUGUGUGCUUGAAAGGACAUGCCCCUCGAAAGAAAAAAGUACUAGCUGUAGAGUGUUAGUUCCUUCCUGUAGACAGAAGAAAGACGACAUGUUGGCUCGUAAGAUCCAGUCUUGGAAGCUGGGAACCACUGUCCCUCCCGUCAGUUUCACCCCUGGUCCCUGCAGCGAGGCGGACUUACAGAAGUGGGAGUCCAUCCGAGAGGCCAGCAGGCUUAGGCACAGGAAGCGGCUGAUGGUGGAGAGACUCUUUCAAAAGAUUUAUGGUGAGAACGGGAGUAAGUCCUUGAGUGAUGUCAGCGCAGAGGAUAUUCAGAGCUUGCGUCAGCUACGUUACGAGGAGAUGCAGAGAAUCAAGUCCCAGUUAAAAGAACAGGACCAGAAAUGGCAGGAUGACCUUGCAAAAUGGAAAGAUCGUCGGAAAAGCUACACUUCGGAUCUGCAGAAGAAAAAGGAGGAGAGGGAGGAGAUUGAGAAGCAGGCUCUUGAGAAGUCGGAGAGAAGAUCUAAGACAUUUAACGAAAUGCUGCAGGACAGGGAAUCCCAAAAUCAGAUGUCUACAGUUAUGUCGAGAAGGAGGCUGUAUUCUUUUGAUGAUGGAUUGAAUGAAGAAAAGCUUCCCCCUGUGCUGCCUAUGCCAGAAGCCUAUUCCCAGAGUGAGAGAGCAGAAGAGAAAGGAACGGCUCAUCCGACAGAAAUUCCUAAGCAGGAUUCUACAACUUUUGCAAAAAGGGAGGUCACAGCUGAAGUUCGGUUUCCUUCUAGAAGCCCUGUGGAAGAACAGCACCCAGCCUCUUUGUCGUCUCAGCAUUCACUGAAUACACAGAUGGAGUUGACUCGAGUUUCAGCAACUCUCCCCAGAAGUUACCAGAAAACCGAUGCGGCCAGGUUAACCUCUGUGGUCACACCGAGACCUUUUGGCUCUCAGUCAAGGGGAAUCUCAUCACUCCCGAGAUCGUACACGAUGGAUGAUUCUUGGAAGUAUAAUGGAGACAUAGAAGGCGUUAAGAGAACCCAGAGCAGUUCGAUUAGCAUCUCUGUGCAAAGACCUGACACAAGCCAGCUUGCGUCCGGCUCAUCCAGUGAAAGAGAGGCCGAAGCGCCCAGAGAAAGUGUGAUGCGGUUGCCCUCUCCUACACCCCCCUACUCAUCUCUUUCCCAGGAUCAGGCUGCCACUUCUAAAGACACAUUGUCUUCAAUAUCUAGCCCUGAUUUAACAUCUGAGCUUGGAGAAGGGAGAAGCUCGCCACCGGCAGAGGUCCCCAGGUCACAGGAUCAGUUCAGUGAUAUGAGAAUCAGCAUAAACCAGACGCCUGGGAGCAGUCUUGACUUUGGGUUUACAGUAAAAUGGGCUUUUUCCAGGAUCUUCGUAGCAUCAGUUGAAGCAGGUAGCCCAGCAGAAUUUUCUCAGCUACAGGUAGAUGAUGAAAUUAUCGCUAUCAACAACACCAGGUUUUCAUAUAAGGACACAAAAGAGUGGGAGGAAACCAUGGCUAAGGCCCAGGAAACUGGGAGCCUAGUUAUGGAUAUCAGGCGCUAUGGAAAGUCUGAUUGGGGCAAAGACCAGACUUCCCUGCCAUUUACACGGCAUAAAACCCUCAAUCUCACCAGUAUGGCUACCAAAAUUAUAGGUUCACCUGAAACAAAGUGGAUUGAUGCCACUUCCGGAAUUUACAGCUCAGACAAAACUUCAAAUCUGUCAAUAACAACCGAUUUCUCAGAAAGCCUUCAGAGUUCUAAUACUGAAUCAAAAGAAAUCAAUGGAAUUCGUGAUGAAAGCAGUACUUUUGAAUCAAAAGCCUCUGAACCUAUUUCUUUGAAAAACUUAAAAAGGCGAUCACAGUUUUUUGAACAAGGGUCAUCAGGCUUUUCUUACAGUUCAUGGGUCUACCUCUGUGGAAGCUCCGAUUCUGUGGUUCCUGAUCUUCCAGUCCCAACCAUUAGUGCCCCAAGUCGCUGGGCCUGGGAUCCAGAGGAGGAACGGAGGCGGCAGGAGAGAUGGCAGAAGGAGCAAGACCGACUGCUGCAGGAAAAAUAUCAACGAGAACAGGAAAAACUGAGGGAAGAGUGGCAGAGGGCUAAGCAGGAGGCUGAGAGAGAGAAUUCCAAGUACUUGAAUGAGGAACUGAUGGUCCUGAACUCAAACAGCAUUUCUCUGAUGGCCCGGGAGCCUGCCCUGGCCACCAGAGGUGAGGAGUCCAAGUCUUCUGACAAGGAAGGAAGCCGGGCAGAGGAACAGAUGAGGCACCAGGAGCAGGAGGAAGAUGCAAAUGAGGACCAAAGGAAGAAGCUGCAGGAACAACUCACUCUUGAGAGAGAGAGGAAGUUGAAGGAGCAGCAAUAUCAGGAAGAGCAGCAACAGAAGCGGCGUGAAGCGGAGGAGCAGAAGCACCAGGCAGAGAAAGAGAGGGAAACUUCCAUCAAAAUAUACCAGUACAGAAGGCCUAUUGAUUCCUAUGACAUACCAAAGAGAGAAGAAGAAUCUUCAGAUUUGCUUCCUAGCGACAGGAAUAAAUCCAGAUCAACUACUGAAUUGGAUGAUUCCCCCACAAAUAAAAAUGGAAGCAAUAGAUACGCAGACCGAAGUGGGAGCAGUAGCUCAUCACAGAAGAGCUCGAAGAAGGAACCAGCGCCAUCAGGAGCGGAGUUGGAGAGACAGCAAAUCCUCCAAGAAAUGAGGAAGAGAACCUCCCUUUAUGACGACAACAGCUGGAUCCGACAGCGCAGUUCCAGUGUCAACAAAGAGCCUAUUUGUCUGCCUGGGAUUAUGAGAAGAGGUGAAUCUCUAGAUAACCUGGAUUCCCCAAGAACCAAUUCUUGGCGACAGUCCCCGUGGUUCAGUCAGCCGUCAGGAGUCUACGCCUCUUCCUCUGUCCAAGACUUCAGUCGCCCCCCACCUCAGCUGCUGUCCACAUCAAACCGUGCCUACAUGCGGAACCCCUCCUCCAGCAUCCCCCCUCCCUCAGCUGGUUCUGUGAAGACCACCACCCCGUCCCCCAUACCGCGUAGCCAUUCCCCUGCGGCUCCGCAGCCAGGCUCCCAGCCACGCAACAGGUCGGUCAGUGGGAAGCGUGUGUGCUCCUACUGUCAUAACAUUCUGGGCAAAGGAGCCGCCAUGAUCAUCGAAUCCCUGGGUCUUUGUUAUCAUUUGCAUUGUUUUAAGUGUGUGGCCUGCGAGCGUGACCUCGGAGGCUCUUCCUCAGGAGCCGAAGUCAGAAUCCGAAACAACCAGCUGUACUGCAAUGACUGCUAUCUCAGAUUCAAAUCUGGACGGCCAACUGCCAUGUGAUGUCAGCCUCCACCCGAAAGCCCUGUUGCAGAUAGAAGAAGAGGUGGUUGCCGCUGAUAUAGAUCUAUAAAUACAUGUUGUAACAUCCUUUCACUCUGUUUUUUUAAAAAAGAAUAACACUUUUUCUGACCUCUUUAGAUUACAUCAGAGCAUUAUAGUCUUGGUAGAACCUGUAUUUUUGUUGUUUAUUUAUAAGAUGGUAAUGAUGUGUGGCAAAAAGUGCAGUAUUUCCUUUUUGAAUUCAGCAUCAUAAAAGCACAGGAAAAAAACAAGAACUUCCAAAAUUUUUUUUUGAGACUGAUAAUGAUCUGAUUGACUUUCUAGGGGUGUUUUGAAGAGGGUUAUUUUAUUGUUUUUUUUAAAAACUCUGAAACAUUAUUUGAAAUAGUUAAUAUAAAUAUGUAAUUGCAUUUGCUCUGUUUAUUAUAAAAUAUACUAAAUUAAUGCAGAGCCAUAUGGAAAAUUUCACUAAAAUCCACUCCCAGAUUUGCUUUGCGUAUCCUUCUUUUCAUUUAUGUAAUAUUAUGAUUAAUUUUUUUUUUGUAGCUUAUGUAACAUUUUAUUUGCUUGAUGAGGAGAGCUCUAUUUUCUUCACCAGAAUUGUUGCUAAGCAGUUCUCAGUAGAAAGCUGCGUCUUUUCAUUCAUGAAAAUUAUCAUGGUUUGUAUGCCAGAAGUUUUCUUCAGAAACUAGUGAGCCUUUCUGUACAACUGCAUUUGUAAAUAAACUUGCUUGAU